AUGUCACCAUUCGCUUAUAGAACUCCCCGGUUUUCCAGCAAUGCGAAAUCGCGUACCCUGCCGAUCUUUUUGGCCGGCUUGAUGCACGCGUGUGGUAACAACACGCCGAUUAGCAUUACGAGUAGUUCUCCCUUUCUUACACGCGCUGCUUACUUUCCUAAUAAUACCCUCUCUAUUCAGCGUACUCUGGUCGCACUGUCGCUUUCACACCCUCAGUCCUUGCCAAGGGCUAUUUCACUUUUCUAUGAGAACUUUUGGGCCCACUGGAAUGGGCUCAUCAACCCCGAGAAUAUUCAAGCGACCGUCAGGACUAUCGUUGGCUGCGAUGAGAAGGCACAGAAGGUGAUCGAGAGAACGAAGAGCGUUGGGGUGAAGAAGAUCUUAACUGAGAGAAGGAGAGGCAAGGCGUUUGCAACAGAUGCAAAGGGGGAGAAGGAAUGCCUCUGGGGUUUUGAUCACAUGGGACGGCUUUGCGAUCACCUGAGUCUUGAGAGACCCAGUGAUAAAGGCUGA